UAGGGAAUGCCCGUUAGUUGCGUCUGCCGAUAAUAGCACAUCAGCCAGUGCACUCCUAUUGGGAGAGCAGAGCACAGGCAGAGCAGAGGGACCGAGCUGCUGAGCAAAGAAUAGUACACUAGAGUAGACAGGCACACUCGGAAAGAGAGCGAUACUGGCACAAUCAGAAAGAAACAGAGAGUGAGAGACCCAGGGAAGAGAGAGCGCAUCAGCACACAUAGACAAGAGGACUGAACAGGCGCAGGGCAGUGGAAAGAGGAGAGGAGGGACAGGGGGAAUCAAAGUUACCAGGUCAGCAAGAGAACGUGGAAGUGGAGCAGCUGAGACUCUCGGGAGGAGGAGAGUGAUAUUACAGGACAGGAUAGAACAAGUGCUUUAACUUCUUCACAGAAAGACAGUCCUGUCAUAAGGCGAGGGUAAUGCUCCUCACAGGAACCUUCUGCACUUCUACUUUAGGAUUAUCACAGCAAGAGAGCUUCACCAAGCAGAGGACACUUAAACCUGCCAGAGGUGCCUGAGCAGUUCAGUUCUACACAGGAGACCUUUUCAUCCAUCCGUGGGCUUUCAGGUGGAUGUAGUGUUGCUGUGUGGAUUUUAUCCUUUAUUGCUUCAGAAGAUGAAGCAGUGAAGAUUUGGAGGGCAAGUUGUUCUGUCCUAUCAUCUCUGAGACUAUGGUAGACUGUGUGUCAGAGAGCCCCUCAUCAGCAGCUGCAGCCCUAGAGUAUGGAGAAGUCCAGCAGUGAGGAGUCAGCCAUUCACCGUAGCCCUUCUGUAGACAGCCGCGAAUCCGAUUUUGCUCAAGCCUCCACGUCUGGCCGCCCUUUCGGUGGCCGCGGCUUCACUGCCGGCGCUUUCUACGGCUCCACGGGGCCACGCAAAAACACACAGCAGGGGCAGACUGGAGCUGCAGCUGACGCCAGCGCGGGAGACAAGACUAACAACAAGUACAGCUCACCCAAGGGCAGCAAAUACAUAGUCUUUUACCUGGAUCUAUCCUUUGUGUUCCUUUUAGAAUUUAAGAAGUGCAACAUGGCAAGAGGCUGCCUCUGCUGCUUGAAGUAUAUGAUGUUCAUCUUCAAUCUCAUCUUCUGGUUAUGUGGCUGCGGGCUGCUCGGUGUGGGCAUCUGGCUCUCGGUGUCUCAGGGAAGCUUCGCCACCUUCUCACCCUCAUUCCCUUCACUGUCAGCUGCCAAUAUGGUCAUUGCCAUCGGCGCCAUCGUCAUGGUAACAGGCUUUCUCGGUUGCCUGGGUGCCAUCAAGGAGAACAAGUGCCUGCUUCUGAGCUUCUUCAUUGUCCUGCUGAUAAUUCUUCUGGCGGAGGUGAUUUUGCUCAUCCUGUUCUUUGUGUACACAGAUAAGGUGCGUGAGAAUGCCAAACAGGAUCUCAAGGAUGGGCUGGCUCUGUACAACUCAGAAAACAACAUAGGCCUGCGAAAUGCCUGGAACAUCAUCCAGGCAGAGUGGAAAUGCUGUGGAGUGAUAGGAUACACCGACUGGCACGAGGCCCUGAAGGACAAAGUAGUUCCUGAUCGCUGCUGCCAGGAGCAUUACCAGAACUGUGGGCGGAACUCCACCAACAUGUUCUGGAACAGGGGCUGCUUUGAGAAAGUGGAGGAAUGGCUGGAUGACAAUAAGUAUCUGCUGGGAACCAUAGGCAUGGUCAUCUUGGUAGUGGAGCUCCUGGGCAUGGCAUUCUCUAUGACAUUGUUCCACCACAUUCACAGAACGGGAAAGAAGUAUGACGCUUAGCCUUGGGACAAGCACCAAAUGGAGAGGAGCCCCAGUGCUUGAUGGGAUAAAGACUCUGAUUCAAACAUACAUCCAUGCUUUCCCUCUUUAGAGCAUCCUUUUCCCCCUUCUCAGAUCGUCUGUACAGAUUCCAGCUGCUCUGUCCUGCUGUCUCCUCUCACCAUUCAUUUUGCCAAAGAGUAACACAACUGGAAGAGAAGAGGCACCUACUUUUGGCAAGGAAGAGAAUCCCAUAUGUUGUCCCUUCUCUUGAGUACACUUGUUUUUUGGCUUUUUCUGUUCUUCUUUGGCUUGAACUAACCAAUUGCUGGAGGGAAAGACAGACUUUGAGACAAUGAAGACUUUACAAAUGCCCAAACAGCCCCACAGGGCGAAAAAACCCACGAAAGUGACAAAACCCUCCACCUCAUGUGGAGUUUUUUUUCUUCAUGCUUAUUAAAUUCUAGCCCUGUUUUUUUCCCCUUGUAAAUGAAAAAGAUCCAACAUGGCAUGCUAGUUUUCUACUUCACUGAUUUAUCAAUGAAAUGACCGUUGUUAUUAUUUUUAUUUUAAACGUAUUGUUUUCUUGUUGGAUUUGCUUUUGUAAGUAUAUCAUCCUGUGGAAUGUAAGUGUCGAACAGAUCGGUGCAAUGUGUGUGUGGGUAUGUGUGUGGGAUUGGUUUUGAGGUAACAUUGCUGCAGACGGGCAAAGGCACGUAAGGAUGCAGAGGUUUAGGUGAAAUGAGCUUCAUGGAGGAGCAUCGCGUAAGCACGAGGAGUCAUCGGUGGAUUCAUUUUACACCAAACAUUUGUCUGCGAACAAACUCGCACACAUGCAUUUUGUGCUGCCACGCAGCAGCGUACCCGUUCCCUGUUAGACAAUAUAAAUGAUGUAAAAUGGCUGUUUAUUAGGGCUCCAGCAGCACUGUCAGCUGUAGAGAUCUAGGUGAUAAAGUCCCCCCUUUGAGAAAGCAGACUGGGUUGUGUACGCGCAUGCAUUUUAUCACACAGUUCAAGCUGCAGAGGAGAAAAAACCCACUGAGAAACACUUAGAAUCAAGGGCAGGAUGGAGCAAAAACCGAGCAGACACGCUGUCUCGUUUCGGCUAUCAAUAGCGUUAACAGAGGUGGCUCUAGCCUUUCUGUACUGAAGAUCUCAUCCAUUCACACCGCACUCCUCGUGCUUUCUCUCGGCGGCUUGCAACUCAACCCUGCCUCUAUCUUUUCUUUUUCACUCUAAUUUUCUUUCUCCGUGUCAGGCAGCAAUGAGUUUCAUGCUCCAUCCAGUGCUUCUGCUGACAUUCCUGCUCAUCACACGUUUACACCUCCGGUUUGCAACCCCCUUCAAUUUUACGUAGGCUUCAUUUUCUCGCAGCAACCAGAGGUGGGGCGAGAUGGGAGUGUGAGAGUGUUGCCAGAUCAAAGCUCAGACUGAUAUGUAUGGCAACAUGCCCUGUAGGACACAUCAGUUUAUGUCUGUUUACAUCUACAUUCACUGCAGGGGGCCAGAGUGCCAGCCUUCCUCCUGGAGACUGAAAAUAUUCCAUCUGCUGUGGCGACUUCAAAAAAUGCCCUCCGGUGUGUCUGCUCUAGGCUUCAAAAUCUCCAAAGAAACAGUGGAAUAAAGACCUCGCUUACUGUCAAAGGAUCACUGUAGCUUUUGGAAUCAUAAGGUUGUAUUCAGUUGUGACAUAGUGCUUUCCAAAGCAAGUGCAAUUAGAGAUGUGGGAAGAUUGCUAUAUUUUAAUCAAGAACAAAAAAUAGCAGUAAAUAAGCCGGCCAAUAAUUACAAAACAUUUGUAACAGAAUGUUAGCAGAUUGUUUUGCACAAAGGUUUUUACUACAGAGGGAAGAUUUUAAAGAAAUUGUCUAUUUAAGCUGAUAUUUUACCACAGUUGCGUCUUUACCAUCUUUAUUUUGAAUUUCUGUUACUGAACCGUUGACCUGUAUUGUCAUGUUUGCCACUAUGCCCUGUUUCUCUUCAUCUCAUCCAUUCAAGCCGAUUCAGUUUGUAGAUUCCUGCAAGUUGGUUGGACUUCAAUUCAGUAGCAACUCUUUCAGAACACAGUAAAAGCUCAUAUAACCUUGGAAUUGUGGAAUCUUUAUGAUGCAGAGUACUGUACUUGCACGAGAGGAAUUUAGGAUUGUGUUUUACCACCUAGUUAAGUCAAGUCUCCCAUUUAUAGCCUAUAUCGCCUGCUCAUGUGUAACCAGUAGAGCUGAGCUUGGCUACCAGGGAAGCUGCCAAUUAAACUUUUACAAGUGGUUGCGUUCUAAAUUGUUUCCUACAUUAUAGCUGCAAUUAAAUUUAUUGCUUUGAAUGACGCAUCAAUGAAGUACUGUCUAUUCCUGCUACCUGAACUAACAAAGAAAAUAAGCCACUCAUUUACUCACGUGCCCCCUUGAUGUGAGAUGCUUCAGAGUAUCUCCUGAAGUCAUUGUUGGCAUUUUAGGAAAAAUUAGUCUGAUGAUUUCUUCAUUUAAGGGAGAGUUUUAGGAAGAGAAAGGGGAAUUCUUGCAACAGGAAGCAACAAAUUUGUGCUGUUUUGUGCAGUGACCCUGCUGGCUGUAAUACACUGUCUGCCCCCAUAUGCUCCAACUCUUCCUGUUGUGUCCAUGGGGGAAACAUGACAGCUGCUGAUGUACAGUGCAGGCACGAGCGAUCGCGUUUCCUCUGCUCGGCUGCCUCCACAAACUCAACACAUCCCUUACUUACUGCCUCACUCUGCAGACACCUGGCGCUAUUCAGUAACUGGCAAUGUGGUUUGGACCCCUUAAAGCACUCGUAAGGUACCUGAGACGGGUUAGCGGAGGAAUAGCUCAAAACAGUUUGGCAAAUGAGGCUGUGCUGUAUCCUUACUGCAAAAAAAAAGGUUCAAAGGAAACCCAAGAUAGCCGCACAUGUAACAGAAAUACAAGAAUGCAGAAUAGUGGGAAUAAAGCAAAUCCGUUGGGAGGUCAGAGCCUCAGCCUGCGGACGCUGUUUGCUCUCGGCUGAUCUGACUGGGGCGACAUUUUCUUCUCUGUGUAAAAUCCUUACCCCAUUUUCCAUGAUUAUGUCAAUGUUACAUUGUGUUUGUAAUAUGCGGGGAUGAAUGCCAUUUUAACAAGGGGGGCGGCUGUUUAAUUAUGUUCGUUUUGUACACUUUUCUGCUGUUUAAAUGUUUGUUUUUAUACAAUAUGCUGUUGAUUUUCUUGUUGUAGGUUCUGUUUUUAUUGGCUUUCCCCCCAUUUGUAGUUCACUUUGAGUACAUGACAUCAUUAAGCAUUUUUUCCUAGAGGAUUAGUCUUUGCAGUGUUCCUCUACAACAUGCAAAAAUGCCUUUUCUGUGUUUCAGCGAUGCAGGCGGUUAAAGCAAUUAACGUAGAACAAAUAGAAGGAAAAUCUGGCAUAUAGUAUCAGGCAAAGUCCACAAAAGACAUACUGCGCUUUUGUCGUUGUCCUUCUUUGUAUUAGGAUCAAAUUAAAUUGAAUUAGGACGCGCAGCUAUAAUCUGCAGUAUCUCUUCAAACUGCCAGUGCAGGACCCAUUCUGUACUCUUAGAGCAUGAACUGUUAGACGACUGUACAACAGAGUUCAUCUCGCUCCAGUGUAUCAGCUCACUGUAAAUAUGCCCAUUUUACAAGUGAUGUAACUUACUGUUAUACCUCUGCCACUUCGCCUAACAUUCACAUCAACAGGCUGGUUUUCUGACAGCCCGUGCCCUUUUUAUGCUCACUUACAGACACUUGUACUGUAUGUUAUCCACUUUUUAUGUCUGCCAGAUUUCCUGCCUCUGUUUUCGCUUCAAGCACGAGAGCGGUGUAAAUGUUCAGUAAAUUUGUGUUUGCGUCAGUACAGUCCUCAUAUAUUUUUGACUGCAUUUUCAUCUUUUAGUAAAACAUGAUUUCUUUUUUUUUUUAAUUGAUUUUUUUGAAGGAGUAUAAAAUAUUCCGUCUCAUCCAAGGAAGCACUCCCAGUAAGCCACGGAAAUGGUGAAGGAAGGAUGCACAUGCAGUAAUUGGGUUUCGUCUGCUGUGAAAAAUUCUGAACAUAAAAACUGUUUUUUGUUGUUGUUUCCUUUCGUUUUGUGUGUGUGUCAGAAUCAUUUUUUGCCACCUUCGACAUAUUAUUUCUGUAAUCUGCUCCUAAUCCUUCCCCUGUGCUGAAGCUGAAUAUGUGAGCAGUGGAAAUGUAUGCUCUAGAAAUGGUGUGUUUGAUGUUGUGUUCUGCUGGGUGGCACUAUCUGAUACCUGCCAGCCUUGUCCUGUGGAGUUUUCUGCUACACGUGAAAGCACUCUGAAUAUCUAUACUAGCUGGUGCACUACUUUCUCUUUACUCGCUAAAUCAACUAUUUUUUAAAUAAAGGAAAGAGUGUCAGAAAAAAUCUCUCGGUACAGUACGCUUAUUGCCUUUCUUGUCUAAUGACUUGAUGCUUCGGAUUCCCUUUUUAUGUUGCCGUCAAUUAGAUUUGAUUCAGAAUUUGUUUGUGGGGUUUGGGGGGUGGAGUGGAAGACUCGGCAUGAAGAGCAAAGUGGCGUCAGCAGAUCCCAUGAUACAUGAAGUGUUCUGUGUAUACAAUCCCUGUCUGAAAAUGGGCUCUUUUUUAAAAAAAAAAAAAGCAUAACAAAACCUGAGGGACUGUUGUCCUAAAGAUGCUGAGAUGAGCUAAUGGUGGUGAGCCAGUCAAGAAGAGGUUCUUUUUCUAAAGAACAAAGUGAAGAUGAUGAAAGUGGGAACCAUUGCCAAUUUGUCUCACGCUUCAACAGCGCGGAGUGAAAAGCUCAGUAUUUUUGUGUGCAGCUUGAUCCCCUCCUUUUAACCUAAUUGUUAUCGGGCCUGUGUGCGAUAGUGAGUGGAGUUUAUUGUGCCAUUCCACCCGGGCUUUUUGUUUUUCCAUCACUGUUCCUUCUAUGCAAAAAAAAAAUUAUGACCUAUUUUAGCCUUUGUACAGAUUAUUUUGUAUGAAUAACGUACUGAAAUAAAGUGAAAAGAAUCAAUCACGGA